GAUAGGCACUGGUCUCGCAGCUCGCUGUUUUGCUGUUACGCACACGUGACGCGGAUGGUGGUGACAUUACGAAUGUCUUUAUUAGUUGUUAACAAUUAUUAAUGACGAUAUCGUGACUGACUCGAUCAUGAGAGGGGGGACGUGCUGUUUGCUUUUGGUAACCCUGUUCAUUUACGCCGGAUGUGACAAUUGGCAAGAAUGGUGGACAUACGACGGCAUAUCCGGUCCAGCAUAUUGGGGCCUUAUGAAUCCACAGUGGAAUAUGUGCUCCAGGGGCAGAAGGCAGAGCCCCGUAAACGUCGAACCCGACAAGUUGUUGUUCGAUCCCUUUUUGAGGCACAUCCACAUAGACAAACACAAAGUGAGCGGAAUGCUCUACAACACAGGCCAAUCUUUGGUGUUUCGGGUCGAUAAGGACACAAAGCAACACGUCAACAUCUCGGGGGGGCCUUUGGCUUACCGCUAUCAGUUUGAGGAGAUUUAUAUACAUUACGGGACGGAGAAUCAGCAAGGAUCCGAGCACCAUAUUCACGGAUAUUCUUUUCCAGCUGAGAUACAACUCUACGGAUUUAAUAAAGAAUUAUAUCACAAUAUGUCGGAAGCUCAGCAUAAAUCACAAGGAAUUGUCGGCAUCUCACUGAUGGUUCAGAUUGGUGACACGCCAAAUCCAGAGUUGAGAAUCAUCACUAGCGUCUUUAACAAAGUUCAAUAUAAAGGUGCCUCCACGGCGAUCAAGCAUAUAUCGCUGAAAGAAAUGCUGCCAAAAACAAACUAUUUCAUGACGUACGAGGGCUCGACGACGCACCCGGGUUGCUGGGAGACAACGGUCUGGAUCAUCCUUAAUAAGCCCAUUUAUAUUACCAAACACGAGCUGUAUCAACUGAGAAAAUUAAUGCAAGGGUCGGAGGAGGCCCCCAAAGCGCCCUUGGGAAAUAACGCCCGACCUGUACAGCCCCUGCAUCAGAGAACUGUGCGGACAAAUAUUAACUUCAAGAGCGCCGAGGAGAGCGCAAAUCGGUCGACAGAAGAUAAAAGGGUUAACAGUUGUCCUUCCAUGCACAAGGAAAUGUACUAUAGAGCGAACAAGUGGUCACCGGGCGUAAAAGACCUUCACCAGUUCCACAGCAUUCAUCCUUACCACUGAACCGAAUAAAAGAAGAGGCUGGGUGAUUGAAUAAGACAAUUUUCGCAUUUAAGUUUAAUUUUAAAAAUGUGCUGAUUGCUGUCUCGUCGCUUAAAUCUGCAAAGUUGUUUAUCAUCAUUUUCUGUGGGAUACACGUAAUAUAUUUUGAAAUAUUAUAAACGGUAUAUGUGAAUGGUACAAAAUAUAUUGAAUAGAAAAAGAAGGAAGGAAAAUGGUUGUUGAAGUUUAAAUUAUUUGAUAAUGAAACAAAUAUUAUAAUGUUUUCCCAAGCUUUACUGAGUAGUCGACAAAAAUAUUGAACUAGAAAAAUCGAAGGAUAGAAAAUAAAGGAGCCAGAGUUUCAUUACUUAAUAUUUUUACAGAAUAUUUCCACCAUAAUCGAAAAAUAAAUUGAAAAUCACAAAUAGGCUGCACGUACUUUAAAAUUCUUAAAUAUAAUUUACCAUGAUAUUAAAAUAUGUGGAGUUCAAGAGUUGGUUCUGGAACUUCCAUAAAAAACAGAUUUCUUUCCAUACUGCUUCAGCAGAAAAAAAAGGCGUUUUCUCUACUUGCGAUGAUUUUGGAAGUGAACUAAAUCAGUUUUCUCUACCUAAAAAGAGACAUCCAUCGAAAUUCUAAAUUAUAUAGAUGGUACCCGGAAAUUAUGAAGAAGAGCAAACUAUGUGAAGAAAUCACCUGAAAACUGCUACUGCUAAUAUUUUCAAAUAGUUUAAAAAUAACCAAAUGACUUUUUGAAACCUUUUGAUAUUUGACAUUUUAUUUAAACCCUCUAAACAAAAAAUUGCAUUUUGUUGUUUGUUUGACGAGACUACCAAACAAUUAAAAUUAUUUCUGUUAUAAGAUACUAGCAAGCAUGAUUUGUAAAAUGUAUUGAAGCAAAGUAUCUUCCAAUAGUUUUUUAGUCCAUUACCAUUUAGAUGAGAUUGAUCGUUUAGUUCGACGGUUGUGUUUCGAUUACUUAUUUUAUGAGUUACUAGGAAUUUAUUUUUACUCACUAACCCUUACUUAACUUAAGAUGUUGUCGUUACUUUUGCAAACAAUAAUGUUUUUUACAAUAUUUUCGUUACCGCUAUAACCUUCCUACGGUACUCAACAGCAAACAAGACUCCCCAUAUUCGCUUCACCUUUUUCCAGAUCCCUUUUUUAUAAUCUUGAUAAAAGCCUGAAUGUUACAAAUAUGUUUGAUUGAUUUUGCAAACAAAACGUAGAUCAUUUUUUAAGGUGCGUGUGUCAAUUAAGAAAAACUUAAUAAUAGCCGCCACAGAAAAGAAAGUCAGAAUGACUUCUUAUAAACUUACAGUUUUACAUGGUCUUUCAAUUAAUAAUAAACACAUUGCACACUGUUAUAUAACUCCUUAAGUUGUCUUUUGGCCUGCUAUAAAUUUAAUAAAUGCCAAAAAGGUAUUUAUAAAAACCUUCGUGACCGAUAAGAAACAAAAACUAAACAAAAAACCAAUCGAAUAAUAUUAAUGUGCAAAUUAUAACCUAACUUUGCAAUUAUUAUUUAAAAAUCUGGAUUUCUACUGUGAACUUCCUGACGUUUCGCCUGUCAUUCGGUUGGCUUCUUCAUUGAUUACCUGACAUAAACGAAGCGCAUAAACAUUGUCUCGAAUAACUGAUUCCCAUAUUGAUAAAGGUAAAGAUUUGAGUCGCGGUUAAGACUGAAUCCGGUUUUUCUUUGGUAGAGAAAUUGAUCACAUGCAUUCACAUUGAUUUUGAGUGAUUUUUGGACCAAUGGUGAAAAUUUUUUUAAACACUAUAUUUAUUAAGAAUUUUCGACUUAUGACCAGGAAUGUAUUCAAUUUAAGGAAUGACUACAGUCUGUGGUUCUUCCUUUUACUCAAAACAUUACUGACCACAUAUCAAAAGGUAUUAAGAAAUAUAAUUUCAAAACCAGACUUAGCAUUUGACAAAAUUCCGUUGGGAACGCAUAUGCAGCAAAGAGUACAUUAGAGAUAGAGGGCUAAAAAUAUCAACUAGUAUAAAAGAACAUGAAAGAGGCUUAAAAUCUUAUUUGAUCAAACUAAAAUUCUUGCAUGUAAACAAUUCUUUCGAUGAAAAAUCCUCCACUCAGAUCUUUACGUUUCAGCAAUAUGGAUUUGUGAGCAACUGAAACGGAGGAUUUGUAAUAAGUACUAGAGUGACCUGUGAAAAUUUCUGUAAAAAAUGUGUUCUAUGUAACACUUGUUGUUUCUUGUGUGCCUAUAAAAACUGAUGUAACAGCUGAGAUUUCUUUUAAACCUCGUAAAAAUAAAUACUAAACUACGAAAAAUGUUAGAGGCGUUAGUUGUUAACUAUACUGCGAUCUUCUAACAUAGUUGCGCGAGUUUUUUGAUCAAAUUCACCGAAGUAGAGGCACGUUCAUCUGAAAUAUGUCUAGUUGCGGCAACAAAUUUCCUCUUCCUUCUUUCUCUUAUGUCUUGCCUGAUGACUAUUUUUUUAAGCAGAAGGAAAAUACAAAAAAGGGUCUUGUUUACCUCUGACACUCAAAAAAAUGUUGCAGAAGAUUCUUGUAAAUACGAGAAAACAACAUUGAGAUGUACAUAAACAUUGCUGUAUAUUUAAAAUAGAUUAUUGCAGUUCACAACAAUGUAUAGUACGUUUAUUAUUAGUUGUUUUAUAAUAUCAUCGCGAAACGGUGCGGCGUACUGUAGAUUGUGGUUUCUUAUUGUAUAUAGAGGACACAUUCGCUUUGAGUGUGACAAAAUAACAAUAAUAAAAAUAUGUUCGGUAAAAAAUAGCGAAACGUUAUACUUAGAGACUUUUUAUAGAAAUUUGUGAGUUUAUUUUUGUUAGUAUCUAGUGUCAGAUUGGAUGUAAAUGCUUCGAAAAACUUGUAAACAGAUGUAUUCGCUGUGCACUAGUGCGAAUUUUUUUAAAUUGGCUUUUAUAAAUUUUAUAUUGUUAAGUUAAACUGAUAAUUAAAAGUCUCAACGUCAAAGUCAGCAACAUCUACUCCUUGCUAUUUCCAAAUUAACAUUCGUUACGUUUAGUUAGUUACUGCACAGAGUUUUCUUAAACUGUAUUAUACAUUUCCCUUUAUGGGUUUUUAAUUGAGUAAACAAGCCAAUUUCUUUUCCGCGUAGGAUAAUGUUAGAACCAUUGCUUAAAUGAUUUGGACGUUUCCAGGGCAAAGUCAAUUUCAUUGAAAAACAUUGUUUAAAUUAAGGAAUUGUUUCAUGUAAUUUCAUACGCAACAACAUCGAGUAUUUUGUAAUCGCUUCCAAAACUAACCAAAAUACUUGUAAGCAGCCUAAUGAGACGCUUUUAUAAAUUUGUUGGGACAUACCGUAUUACGUUUACAAAAAGUAUCCUGAUGGCAAUAAUAUAAUUAAAUAUAAUAAAAAGGAAUAAUUGAGGGGAUUGUUU